AUGGAGGCCGUGGUCCUGCCUCGCCUCAGAUGGAUUGCAGGGGCGAUGAACUUCAUGCCAGAGCAGCAGACAGGGUUCCGCCGCUACCGCUGCACGGCUGACUCUAUUGCGGAUGUGGUCUCCACCCUGGAUGAUGCAAGAAACAGGGGAGACGUGGCCCUCCUAGUCCUACUGGAUGUCCAGAGUGCUUUCGAUGGCCUGCCACAUGUGGUCAUUGAGAGCGCUCUGGACGCGCUUGGCGUGGGGGGCUGCCUUCGACGCUUCAUCACGCAGUUCCUGACAGGAAGGACCCUCCGUGUACGAGUUGGCCGGACCACCAGCAGCCCCAGGGCCGUGACGUCCGGGGUGCCGCAGGGGUCUGUCCUCAGCCCGUUCCUCUUCAAUCUGGUGCUGGCUGCCCUCCCAGCGGCCAUCCCGGAGGACGAGAGGUACCCAACACAGUGCUCCAUCUACGCCGAUGAUGAAGCACUGUGGGUGCACGGGCCAAGACGACACCUGCCGGCGGUCGCUCCAGCGGACCUUGGAUGCUGUGGCCUCCUUCUUUCGAGGCAUCGGGCUGCAGGUGUCUUCCGCGAAGACGGUGGCCCUGAUUGUUCAUCCGAAUGCGGCUGCAAGGGCUACUCUCAGAAGUUGACCCUCGGAGGUACGCCCAUCCCAUGGAGCAGGACGGUGACCUACCUGGGACUCCAGAUUGAUCACCGUUUGACCUGGAUCCCGGCGGUUAAGGCGGUCACCACAAGGGCAGCACGAGUGCAGACCAUGGUGGGGCGGAUCCUGCUGCGUGGCCGUGGCUGUCCUCGGAGGGUGGCACUGCGGCUCUACCAUGGAGCGGCCACUUCAGCCAUGCUGUAUGCCCUGCCCCUGGUGCAGCUCUCCCUUCGCCGCAAGGACCAGCUGGAGAAGCCGCAUCGACUGGCCAUCAGGACGUUCCUGGGGCUGCCGCGCUCGUCUCCUGUGGCCGCCACAUUGGCGGAAGCUCAGGCGUCUCCGGUGUCCCUGCUCAUGCUGCGGCAGGCCCUGCUACACGUGGACCGGAUGCACAGAGCACCAGAAGGAGCGGCUCUCCUGCAGCGCCUCGAGGGCCGCCCAUCCUCCCGAAUGGGGGGCAUAUGUGCCCUUUACAAGGAGCUAGUGCGGCAGCCACCGACUCCAGUCGUGCCACCACCCCCAACCCGGCGGCCACCGGAUAUCCACCUGCACCUGGAGGGACUGACAAAGAAGCACUCCCCGGCUUGCGAGCUUCAACAGGCAGCGGCGGCCAAGAUACACCAGCAGCUGAGGGGCCACCUGCUGAUGUUCAUCGAUCGCUCCGUGUACCGGAACCCUCCCUCUGCCGCCGUUGCCUGCAGGAUCCCAGAGCUUGCCCGUGGCCAUCCUCACGGAUUCGAGACCAGCGCUCCAGGCCCUCAGCAUCCUGACCAAGCGGGCGUCACGGUGUCCUUACUCCUGGAGAAACUCCUGGCCGUCAUGGCCUGUGGCGUCACGCUCUCCCUUCACUGGCUACCCUCGCACGUGGGGAUAGCCGGUAAUGAGGAAGCUGAUGCCGCUGCCAAGGAGGCACACCGCCCUGCGGUCCCGGUCUCCCGUGCUGUGGCGGCAGGUGACUUCUCACGAGAAAGGCUUCUCCACCUGCUGAAGGCGGCCCACCCAGACCAACGGGUGGCGAACGGCAAACCCCCACGCCCACUGCGGGAGGCCAGCUUGGAGAGGAGGGAGCUACGGCUGCUGCUCCGUCUCCGCACCGGAAGCGCCUGGCCUGCUGCUCGAAAGUUCUGCAAGGGCCGUUGUACCUCACCAGACUGCAGCAGAUGCGGGUCCCCGGAGACGCUCGAACACAUCUUGUGUUUUUGCCCAGCGCUGGACGGUCCACGCGACACCAUGAGACGGCGCUACCGUCAUCUAGGCCUCCCUGCCACCACUGUGGAAGACCUGAUCUUCCCCCCAAGAUCCGAAGCCCUGGCCCUGCGAGCCUUCCUGGAAUUCGCAGAAGCGGCAGGACUCGAAUCGCUUUGA